GUUUGCUAAAAAUUGACCAUAGACUUAUUUUGUAAAGUCUAUGGUAUUUAGAGAGAAAUAUAUGUCUCUCGGAAAAUCAUACAUUUGGAUAAAAGCGACGGGAGCGCAGAUAUGUAUAUGUUGUAGCAUGUAAACGCUAGCCGGGUAACACAAACUAACCGUUAACGUUAGCUAGACCACAACUGCAGUGGUCACACUCCUGAAGUGACUUUUUCUUUACUGUACAGAAAAUUACCGUCACCACACUGGCAUCCUCAAGUGACAUUCGUGAAAAACUGCGGAAGAAACGACGUGCUUUGCAAGAAACUCUGGUAAAAAACAAACAUGAGGACGACAUUCAGGCUUUGGUUUCGUCUACCAAUUUGAGUGAGGAGAAACUGCAAACGACAAUGAAGGAACCUCAAAGCAGCGAGGAAGACCCCGGAGAGACACUGAAACGCACCAUUAGGGCUCAAAGACAGAGGCGGAAGAAAAGGCUGCUUGACCAGUCUUCAGCUCAGGAGUCCCAUGAUGACGAUGUGGAGGAGAUCUCCACCGUUCAGCACCAAAGUGAAGAUGAGGGCUCAGCUGAAAAGGCAGCUGACCCGGUGGUUUUGUCAAGACCCCCAACUGGUUCUCAGAGAGGUCUCUCCUUGAGAAUUCAGCAAACUCCCAGCUCUAAGCAUUUAGACAGCUCUGUGACACGGCGCUUGGAAGAGAAACUGAGAGCAGCCAGAUCUAAAGGUGAGAGCCUUCAGCAGCAGGAGGCCACUCUCGAGCCAACAAGUCGCCUUCAAGGCCUCCGAGACAGGGAACCUGUAACACGGUUUGACCGAGAGGUUCAUCCAGACAGAGCAGGAAGACAUGAUGACCCUCUGGCACUCAGCACAAGGGUCAAGUUCAGAGAAGCAGCAAGACGAGUAGGAGAAGGCGAACUGACUGCUGAGGAUACGUACAAUUUCUUUACACUCAACUUUGAGCCAGAGCCACCAGACGAGAUGGAGAAGAAGGGCAAGAAAAGAGAAAAACAGAAAAAAACAGCUGACGGAGGCGAAGAUGAAGAAGAAGAUGAAGCCGUAGAGCAGGAAGAUGCUGAAGAGGAUAAUCAAGAUGAAAAUGAAGACCAGAGUGAAGAAGCUCCUCUUGUGCGAGAUGAAGAUGAGGAUUUAUUCGUCAUUGGACAGUCGUCACAGGACUUCCUGGAAGUGAAGAAAGCAGAGUAUAUUGGCUACCAAAGACGUGUUCUUCAAGAGAAUGAGCACCUCUUUGUACCGAGCUUUCGAACAGUCUUAACCUCCAACAAAUUGCCAGAGAACAUGAAACCUCGUUACCUGGAGGACGAGGGUCUGUAUGUAGGGGAGAGGCCUUCUGUAUCGCUGACCAAUGAGAACAUUCUGGAGAACCGCAUUUUGAAAACAGACGAGGGAAAGAAGUGGUUUGGAGAUGACGGCAGGAUCUUGGCUCUGCCGGACCCCAUAAAGGAAUCAUCCACUAGACCGCCUCUCUUCCACAUGGAGGAGGACCUGGACCCCACGCUGCAAACCGUGUACAGGAAGGCAGUGAAGUCCAAGUAUGCAAAUCAGUAUAUCUCUGGUGCAGCGGACCCCGAGGGGGACUACCAGCUUGAUGUUGAUGUUGCUGGGCUGAUCUUCUCCCAUCACCCGCUCUUCAGUCGUGAACAUGUCCUGGGGGCUCGUCUGGCUCAGCUGUAUGAUCAGUACCUCACCAGGCAGAAAAAUAAUCUCACGGGACACCUGACUGACAAGUUGAACGGACUGAGGAGUGCGCUUCGGAAUAUGCUGGAGAUCCAUGGCGGGGCGAGCCUCACUCAAGCCAUGCAGCAGAGGAUAUCAGAGUACAGUCGGGAGAUUAGGAACACUCGGCAGCUGCGAGACACUGAGCAGGAGAAGGACAGGACUCUGCUGAAGAACACAGUUAAAGUGUGGAAGGAGAUCAAGGCCCUGAGAGACUUUCAAAAGUAUACCAACACAUCCUUCAAGCUCUACCUCAGAAAAGAAAAUGUGGACCGGGAGUCAGAUGAGCGAGAGUAUGAAGAUGAAAUCUUGGCAGAGGUUGUGGAACUGGAGGCAGAAACCGAAGAGGAUUAUCAGAGAAAGCUGGCCGAGUACAAGAAACAGCUGGAAGAGUGGAAGCUCUGGAGAAGGAAGCAGAAGGAAAAAAAGAAGAAGAGAAAAAAGAAGAAGAAAGGCCAGGCACAGGAUGACACAGAAGAGGAAGAUGAAGAGCAGGACGUGAGCGAGUCAGAAGGGCCCAGUGAAGAAGGCCCCCAAAAGCCGGAGCCUCCAGAAAAACCAGAUUUUAACUCUAUAGAGCAGCGGGUCAGAGAGAAAGCCUCCAGGAUACGCAGGAAACCAGGAGAAUCCAUCCUGAUCCCUGAGCUGUCUGCAUCUGGAAACAUCACCGCCAGUGAACUCUGCCCCAGGCCUGAAAUAGCUCGAAGAGAGGAUGUUACAAGGCGCUCUCUUUUCGUCAAGAUCCUAUACAACGGCAAAGAAGUCUCCCGGACAGACAGCGGCUCCUUGAACACUGAUUUCAGGGUGCAGUUUGGCCAGAUUUUCAAUCUCAAGAUAGUCAACUGUCCACAAAGCAUCAAUUUGCAGGUGUUUGAGGAGAUUGGCUCAUCGUGCUCCCUUCUGGCUCAAGUGUUUGUCCCGGUGCCAGAACCCUCAGUUUUGACGGGCAAGGUCCCUCUUGAGGAAUUUGAGUUCAGCAGCAACCAGCGAGUGAUGUUCGACCACGAGGGUGUUGGAAGUGACGUGCCCCUCUCCUUUGAGGCCGAUGGCAGUAACAAACAGACCCUGCUGACCUCUGGGAAGGUGGCGUGCUGUGUUUCUUGGGGGACUGGGGAGGACGAUGUACCACUCGCCCCUCCUGUGUCUCAACAACUUGCCGGCAAACACAGUGGUUUGGGUCGUCUUGAUGCUGUCACAUAUAUCGGGGCAUCUGGACUGUAUGACAUGAAAAAAAUUGGAGAGUGGGCCACGCAGUCUCGACUAGACCCCAAUGAUCCAAAAAAUGCCUCCAUCAUGCAGCUGCUAAAAGUGGCCAGUAGCGGAGAGGUGACAGCUCCGGAGUAUUUCCGUCUGGAGCAGCUGCAGGAAGAGUUUAACUUUGUGACUGAUGAAGAGUUGGAGAGGUCCAAAAGAUUUCACCUGCUCAAACUCAGGAACCAGGAAGUUGCAGAGUUUCGAAAUUACAAGUGUGUUCCUGCUUUGGAGAGAGAGGUCGCUGAUAAAGUGUUUGAGGAAUAUGAGAAGAGACUGAAAGAAGAAGAGAAAGUUGAGGCUAAAGAACAUCUGGAUUCACACCGAGCCAGAACGGCCAAACACCUCCAGAAGAUCCGAGAGUCAGUCAUCAACAGAUUUCUUCUUGCUAAACAUCACUACCUUCUGUCUGACUUGGUGAUGGAAGAGGAGAUACCAAGCAUCGGGAUUCUAGGGAUGAACCUUUUCAAGCUGGCCGAACCAAAGCGGCCGCUGAAACCUCAGAGGAAGGAGAGAAAGAAGGUGACAGCUCAGAAUCUGACUGAUGGAGACAUUAAACUGCUGGUCAACAUCAUCCGUGCCUACGACAUCCCCGUCCGCAGGCCCCAUAGCAAUAAACCAGGACAGUCGUCUCAGGCUGUCAUCCAGGGCAGUGAUUGGCUCGUCAGUCAGAUACUAGUGAGGCCCUUUGUGGAGGUGUCCUUCCAGCGCACAGUACUUCAAACAACCACAGCUGAUGGACCAAACCCCUGCUGGAACGAGGAGCUGCAGCUACCGUUUAGUGCCCCAAAUGGUGACUACAGUGCUGCCGCCUUGCAGUCAGUCAGAGACGAAGUCUUCAUCAACAUAUAUGAUGAGGUGGUUUAUGAAACAGGAGUGAGUGAUAAAGACAGAGGGAAAUCAAUACAUACCCGAGUAGAGAAGCACUGGCUGGGCUCUGUCAAGAUUCCCUUCAGCACCAUUUAUUCUCAGUCCAAGAUUGAUGGAACAUUCAAGGUGAACACGCCAGCAGUGUUGCUGGGGUACAGUAAAGAGCGGAGCUAUGGCACCAACAGCGGUUAUGAUACUUUGCGGAGCCUGAGUGAGGGAGCAUUUAUCACGCUCUUCAUCACUAUCGAACCUCAGCUGGUGCCCGGAGAGUCUGUUCGAGAAAAGAUUAAGGAACUGAAGUUUGACAGCGACGAAGCUGAGGGUGUACUGCUGGCUACAAAGAGGUUUGAGAGGGACGCAGCACAGAGCUACCCGGACCGACCCUGCAUUACCACCGUCAUAGACCUCAAUGGGAAGAUGGUCGUCAUCACACGUUACAUUCGACCACUAAACCCCCCACAGGAGUUACUGGACGCAUUCCCCGAAAACCCGCAGGAGGCCUCGGUCCUGGUUGCCCGCUUUGUCUCCCUCAUCCCUUCUCUGCCAGACGGAGUUGCGUUUUCUGCUGCCUGUGACCUGUGGAGCACCUGUAAUGAAUUCCUCGACCUCCUAGCAGGAGAUGAAGAAGAACACGCUGUACUGUUGUGCAACUACUUCCUGUAUAUGGGCAAGAAAGCCUGGCUCGUAAUCGGCACCGCUAUACCAGAGGGGCCCACAGCAUAUGUCUUGACCUCAGAGCAGAACCGCUUCCUGAUCUGGAACCCCAGCAGUGGUCAGUACUACGGGCAGUACGACACCUUCUGCCCGCUGCAGACAGUUGGUUGCCUGGUCAAUGCCAACAAUGUGUGGUUCAACAUUCAAGAUUAUACGUCACCAAUGACAAUGAAUUUUGACACAGAAAAAGCCAAUUUGUGGAAGCCGUUUUUCACCAGAUCCUGCCCUGACAAUGGGCGGAUGAGCGCACAACCAGAGAAGCUGGUUUAUCGGCGCGCAGACAAAGAAGCUGCAAGAGAUCUUCAGGACAGAAUUGAGAAGACCCUGAAGGAGAAGAUCAUGGAGUGGCGCCCCCGUCACCCAACCCGCUGGAACCGCUACUGCACCAACACCCUAAAACAAUUCCUACCCAAACUGGAGCAAAGCGGGGGGCAGGACAUAGCUGAGGGGCACCGCCACGAGUUGCAGAGCUUACUGGGAGACAACAGGAUUUCAGGAUUUCCCCUGAAUCUUCCAUUCUCUGAGAUGGGGCCCAUCAUAGAGGCAGUGUACAGCACCGGAGUUCACAACGCUCAGGCAUCAAAUGUGGAGUUCGCCCUGGCUGUGUAUGUGCACCCCUACCCCAACAAUGUCCUGUCUGUGUGGGUGUACCUGGCCUCACUGGUGCGUACAUGAUGCAAGAGAUGCUUUCGUAUAUAAAUGUGCAUCAGCUUUACUUAAGCUGAUGACUUCAUUACUCACACUUUUUGUACAAUAUUGUAUAUCUAAUGUGUAUAAUGGAUAACAGGGAAAGGAGAUAUGCGUUUUAUAUUUGUUAAUUAAAUCCAAUACAAUCCAAUAACUUUGUACCAUAUUAAAUCCCACCCUCAGUUCUUGACUCUGAGAAUAUUCAGCUUUUUGGGUAUAGCUUAUGUUGCUUUUAUAUAAUGAUUAGCCAAAACAUUAAAACCACUGACAGAAGUUAAUGACAUUGAUCAUGGCAUUGCAUGAGGUCACUUUUUAAAAAAAGAUUAUUUUCAUGGCUUUUUCCCUUUCAUAUGUUUAGAGUAUUAAACAUGAAAGAGGGUACAGAGAGGGAAUGACCUGCAGCAAAGGGCCACAGAUUGGAAUCAAACCUGCGGUGAGGACACAGCCUCUGUAUAUGGGGCGCCCGCUCUACCAGCCAGGGUACAACGUGCCCCAAGGCAACUUGUAACAGACCACCGACCCCAACAUUGUUACAACCCGAAUAACACCCGUCAGUGGUUUUAAUAUUUUGGCUGAUUGGUGUAUUUGACUGUAUUUAAAGAAAAUCCAGUAUUUUAGUAAUCUAUUUUGGCAUAAUCAAGAGCAAACUGUAAAAAUAAACAAACCAUUUACUCUACAAACUAACAGUAUUGGUA